AUGGUCAAGACACUUCCUUUUGGCUCUUCAGGCAUCAAUGUCAACAGUCCUGGUUUCGGAGCCAUGGGUCUUUCCUUUGGCCUCGGAACCAACCUUACACUCGAACAAGCCGAACCUGUUUUGCUCAAGGCUAUUGAACUCGGCUGCACAUUCUGGGACACUGCCGUUGUCUAUGCAGCAGGCAUCAAUGAAACACUCCUUGGCGACUUCAUCCGCAAACACGACGUGCGCGACAAGGUCUUCAUUGCGUCCAAGUGUGGCUUUGCAGUUUUCGAGAAGGCGGGUGUGACCAACUCUGCCGAUCACAUCAAGAAAUACAUCGAUGGCACCAUUGAGAGAUUGGGCUUUGCUCCUGAUCUUUACUACCUCCACCGCAUCGAUCCCAAUACUCCUUUGGAAGAGUCCAUUCCUGCUUUAGAUGAGAUCCGCAAGGCUGGGAAGACAAAAUAUAUUGGAUUGUCUGAGUGUUCUGAAAGCACGCUGAGAAAGGCCAACGCUAUUGCCAAGAUAGACGCGAUCCAAGCGGAGUACUCUGCCUUUGAAACCGUCCAUGAGACUGACGGAUUGAUUGAGGCCGCUAGAGAGUUGGGGGUUGCGUACGUGGCGUAUAGUCCUCUUGGGCAUGGGUUCCUUGUAGACGACUUUCCGUUCAAGACGCCUGACGAUUUUGCCCCUGAUGAUUUCAGACGUACAUCUCCCAAGUUCCAGGGCGAUAACUUUUACAAGAACAAAGCUAUCGUUGAGGAGAUCAAAAAGUUGGCGGACAAGAAGGGCUGUACCAUCACUCAAAUUGCUCUUGCUUGGGUUACUGCUCAAGGCUUCAUCGCCAUUCCUGGCACCACCAAGCCACAUAGAUUAGAGCAGAACUGGGCUUCAAGGGAUGUCGAGCUGAACGAAGAGGAGAAGGCUGAGAUGAGAAAGAUCAUUGACAGCGCAAAGCCCCAUGGUAACAGAUACGGCGAGGCCCACCAGAAGAUGGUCGGGCACUAG